AUGGAGAGGGAGCCGCCCGUGCAGGGCCCCCCCAGCGCCGCCGCCGCCUACGGCUCGCCCCACCGCAGGGCGUGGAAGCGGUGCGUCCACUCCGGCCACCACGACAGCGCCACCUGGGGCCACGCCACCGCCGCCGACUUCGCGCCCGUGCCCAGGAUGUGCCGCCUUGUCAUGGCCAACUACGCCCCGCCCGACCUCCUCGCCGCGGUGCCCCUCCUCCUCGACCCCUCAAACGUCGUGCGCCGCUGCACCUACGCGGACACGGGGGGCCGGGUCACACCCUACCUCGUCUACCUCGACCACGCGCACGCCGACUUCGUGCUCGCGCUGCGCGGCCUCAACCUCGGCCGCGAGUCCGACUACGCGCUGCUCCUCGACAACCGCCUCGGCAAGCGCCGCUUCGACGGCGGCUACGUCCACAACGGCCUCCUCCGUGCCGCCGACUGGGUGCUCGACAGGGAGUGCGACCUGCUCCGGGACCUCCUCGACCGGUACCCCGCCUACACGCUCACCUUCACGGGCCACUCCCUCGGCGCCGGUGUCGCCGCCAUGCUCACCAUGGUCAUCGUGCUCAACCUCGACAAGCUCGGCAAGGUCGAGAGGGGCCGCACCAGGUGCUACGCCAUGGCCCCCGCCCGCUGUAUGUCGCUCAACCUCGCCGUCAGAUACGCCGAUGUCAUCAACUCCGUCGUGCUGCAGCCAGCUUCUAGGGUGAUCGACGAGGACUACUGCGGCCCGAUGGGAGUCGUGCUCUUCAACUACCCGGAGGCAGACUUCACCGUGAAGCCCCGCGACCGUGUCAUAGAGAUUAUCGUCCAGGUGAUUGCGACGCAGGAGGUCCCCGGGGUGGAGGACCUCGACGCCACCGUCCGGAGGUCACCGAGGUGGAGGACGACGCCACCAUCCUGA